AUGAGUUCUUCGUAUUAUGUGAAUGCUCUUUUUAGCAAAUAUACGACGGGGGCUGCUUCUCUCUUCCAACAUGCGGAGCCUACGUCUUGCCCCUUUGCUACCAACUCCCAGAGAAGCGGCUAUGGACCAGGUGCUAGCGCAUUCACCUCCUCCAUGCCUGCCUUGUACAAUGUGAACAGUGCCAUAUACCAAACCCCGUUCUCUUCCGGAUACAGCCUGGGCUCUGAUACCUAUAACCUGCAUUAGACCAGGGCAAGGCGGGAGGUGAAGGCUUUAUUUUAAUUUACACUGAAUAGAGUUUGCGAGCAAGGCUUCAACCUCAGACACUGCCUAGAAUGUGACCUAAUAUUUGGCAGACCUCCGUGGCACAGAACUGCUGGUCCAGAUUGGAAGAGAGGACAUCAGACUUACACCCAUUACCAAACACUGGAGCUGGAGAAAGUCCACUUCAACCACUACCUGACCCACCUGCGGAGGAUAGAGAUCGCUCAUGCCCUGUGCUUGACCAAGAGGCAGAUCAAAAUCUGGUUUCAGAACCAUUGCAUGAAAUGGAAGAAGGAACAUAAAGAAGACGCCUCUGGAGGGGUGGCUACGGCCAACGAGGACACCACUACCUCAGUGGAAAAGGUGGUGGUGGAGGAAGACGCAGAAUAA